AUGGAAGAAAUUAAAGAACUGUUAGGAAAAUUAAAUUUUUCGGAGGAAGAAUCUUCCUUGGUUGUUAAUACAGGAGUAGCGGAUAGGGUUCAAAGCUGGAAGGCAUGGGCAAUGGGAAAGAUCAUGGCGACCGAACUACCAAACAGGGAGGCGAUGUACAGGGUUCUUAAGUCGCUUUGGUUUACAAAAGAGGAAGUUGACUUCGUAGCUCUGAAAGAUGGGGUGAUUAUUGUGAAGUUCGGAUGUCAGGAGGACCGUAGCCGUAUUUUAAAUCUCUCACCAUGGCUUUUUGACAGGUGUUUAUUCUCGUUGCUUCCUUUCGAGAAAGGAAAGGAGUUAGAAUCCUAUGAAUUCCAAUUUGUACCAUUCUGGGUGAGAAUUUACAACAUCCCUAUAGAACUCAUGGACCGUCAAACAGCUUUGGAUGUCGGUAAUACAAUUGGUGUGCUGGUGGCAAUCGAUUGGAAGGACAGAUUUGGGAGUUGGACAGAAUUCAUGAGACUAAAAGUCAAGAUUGAUGUGUCAAAACCACUGAGAAGAAUCGUAAAAUUUGCUGAUAAAGAUGGCAAUGAAAGAAUAAGUCUGUUAAAAUAUGAAAGACUUCUAGAUUUUUGUCACUCGUGUGGGAUCAUAGGGCAUACGUUGAAGGUGUGCACGAACAAUGCGAUGAAGGGCGGAAUGAUGAACUCGAAUCUUCAAUUUGAAAAUUGGAUGAAGGCACCCAUUGUGACCCCAAAUCAGGAUAAGGGAAUGAGAAGAAAUGGGGUGGAAGAGUUUAAAUCAAUGGUAAAAUUGAAGGAAAAUAAGGAGGAAAGUCUGACUAGAUCAAGCAAUGAAAGCUGGAGACCAAGUAUGGACGGAAGAGAAAGGGUGCUUGAGGAGGAAUCUCUAUCUACCUCCCCUAUGGAAAGUAGAAAGUACAAACAGCUUAAGGAGGGGAAUGGAAAGUCGAAAAGUAAGAGAAGGAGACAAAAGUGUUUACAGGGUUAUUUUUGGAUUGAAAGUCCAGCGAGACAAGUUAAAAGAAGGCUUGCUGGACCUAUUUCACCAUCAGAGGCGGCGGCUGGUGACCAGCCCCGCCAAGAGCAAUGA